GAAAUAACAACAACAAACAAAACAGACUAUUUUUGAGAUUUUUCAUAUUUAUUUUAUAUCACAUUAUUUCUUUACUACAUUCAAAAUGAUUGACACUUUUGUAUAGUAGAAAACUUUAACUUUCACUAAUAUUUUUGUUUUGUUCUCAACCCCUUUUCUUUUUUCAUUUCUAUCUGAACAACACUAUUGCUACUAUACUAAUGAAAUGCCAAAAUCAAUUUAUUUUUCUUAUCGAUGUUUAAUAUUUAUAUUAGAUGAACUAAUUAUAUGGUAUAAUGAAUGAGAUUGUUAUGUUUUUAACUAAAAAUAUGCUGAUGUAGAGUUUGGAUAUAAAAAUUUUGAUGAAAAGAAAGCUAAAUUAGUCGAAUUUUCAUGAAAAAAAAGAAAAAAAGAAAGGAAGUCCGUCAUGAUCACCUCAUUCCUUCCACUAAAUGCAUAAACACUUUAUUAAAAAUAGGAGUUGUACAGAUUUUGACUUUUUAUCAUAACAACAUUGCAGCUCUUUCUGAUAGUGAUCUUCUUUUUCUUUUUUCUCUCUCUCUCAAACUUCUCAGUUCUGACUUUGUUGAAGAAACAUUACACAAGAAUGGAGAAUCUUCCUUGUGGUUAUCGUCCCAACGUAGGAAUUUGUCUCAUCAAUUAUGAUAAUUUGGUCUUUGUGGCUUCCAGAUUGAAUGUACCCGGAGCAUGGCAAAUGCCACAGGGGGGCAUUGAAGACGGAGAAGACCCUAAAUCUGCUGCCAUCAGGGAAUUGCGGGAGGAAACUGGAAUAACAUCAGCUGAAAUAAUUGCAGAGGUUCCACAAUGGUUGACCUAUGACUUCCCACCAGCCGUAAAGGCCAAAGUAAACCGUCUUUGGGGAGGAGAAUGGCAUGGACAGGCACAGAAAUGGUUUCUUAUGAGAUUUAACAACGGGGAAAGUGAAAUCAACUUAGCAACAGGUGAAGCAGAAGCAGAGUUCUCAGAGUGGAAGUGGGCAAGACCAGAAGAAGUAAUUGAGCAGGCUGUAGACUACAAGAGGCCAACAUAUGAGGAAGUUGUUAGGAGUUUCCAGUCUUACCUCAAUGAUGGUAGCAAAGCUGCUAAAUGUCAAUCAACGAAAUGGUGAAUCUUGUGCUUGUUGUUUGCAUAUAAACCGACCUCAUUCCUUACACAAGUUACUUGUUAUUGGGAUUCAGAACUUCUUUAGGCUCCUUGUACAUGAACUUGUCUGCUAAGAUAUGCAAAUAUAGGUUGGUCAUUUGAUUGUAAUAAGAAGCUUCCAAAAUGUUAAUUGAUUUUCUAAAAAAGUAGAUAUCUAGUAGCCAAACUACAAUUCUUACAGCUA